GGUAGUGAAAGUCCACAAAAUAACAGAGGAGCGUCGAGUUUGAUGUCUUUUAAAUUCCUUACACCUAUCGUCUGUUUAAAUCACAUAUCGGGUUUCCCUGUCGUGUGGCCCCGGAUUGUGUUUAGGUUAAAUUUUCUUCCUGGUCUAUCUUUGUCAGUUGAAAUGUACUUCGUUAGAAUUUCGGACAUAAUAUAAAAGUCAACAGAGGUCUGUAAUUUUUCCUGUCCCAUCUGGAAAUAAUAUCAGAAGCUGGACAAUUGGUCUCUACUGAGAUCAUGAUAUAAAAAAUGGCAGCCCUCGCUAUGAGUGGAGCGCCUCCACCGUUACCUAGCAGGGCAGGGCGACCAGACCCACCAUCAGUUAGCACCCUCCCUCGUAGGGGUCCCACCAGCGCAUCCCGACCACAGUCCGCUCAGUCGCCCAGGAGCCGACGAGGGUCAUCCGAUGACUUACCCCCACCCCCGCCAAGAAAUAGACAUGACCCCCUCCCACCUGUUCCUCCCUCCAUUGCAAAUAUACCCAUCCCCCAAGUUAACCAAAGACCUAGUUCAAGUACUUUACCGAGAAAUUCACGAAGUGAAUCAAACCUUCAGAGUCAGGAUGCCCCUCCCAGACUCCCCCCUCGAAGGGGUACUUCCUUCCACGGCUCACAUUCCCCCAGUGUAAGGCACAACCUAACCAAUGGCGCCAUUCCAGCUCCCAUCCAAGAGAGUCAAGAUCUCGAGUCUCGCUUUAUGUUCCAUGAUGUCAACGAAUUACCAGCCCCUCCAGAAUUUAAGGCUGUGAAGAAAAAGUAUUCAAGUCAAGAAUAUGAGAGGCAUAAGCGACAGAAAAGAACACCGGAACCCAGGUAUGACUGACAUUGGAUCCGCGCCUUAGUGAAGCAUGAAAGCAACCUCUAUAAAACGUACAGAAAAUACUUGUAUGCAGAUACAAUAUUUCUAUGACUACAUUGGAUGAGUGGAAUUUAUUGUAAUAAACGGGACCAUCACUUUCAGAUGUAGCAUUAUAGUUAUUUUGAAUAACUGCUCGACACUGUUAUGGUGGUGAAAUAAUUUAUUUAAUUUUAACGCUGUAAAGAUGCUUUUUAUUGCUAGAAUAUCAUUUUAGUUGCCCGACACGUGCUUGAUUGAAAAGUACGAAUGUGCAAGUGAAUAACAUGUGAUGUAUGUUUUUAUACAUAUUUAUAAAAUUUUAUAUAUUUAUACGAAAAUCAAGCAAUAAAAACAAAUGUUGACAGAUCACA